AAGCACAAAAACACAGCGCGGACAGGCGUUUGGUGCUGCUUGCACUUAUAUCAGGCCUUUAGCGCAUUCGCUGUACGGUCUCUCACCCCACGGGAGACGCCAGCUGCGUGUGGGCGCCCGUCGCACAACUUUUGGCAGCCAGGCUAUCUCGAGCCUUCGAGGGCCGCUGCGCGACGCUGCCGGCGCGUCUAUAGACGGUCAAACACCCGCCGCGAGACGCCAGUCGACGCAUCUCUGCGGAAUAUAAAAUGGCCGACGACGCCGCGGGCCCCGGGUCGCUGGCGGACGCCGUCGGCGCGGCCGUCGACGACGCGGCGCCGUCGCAGUAUGUCAAGCUCAUGUCUUGGGCUGUGUGGAAUCAAAUUUCGGGCGCCCCACGCCAUCGACGCGACGAUCUUCCGUAACUCCAUCUGCGCGAUGGCGUGGCGAUUCCACGCCAUUGACGCGACGUUGUCCACGUGACAACCUCAUUCACUGGUUGAUUCCACACAGCUCGGCGGAGGGCCACGAGUUUUUUGUAGAUAGACAGUGCGCGCAGACGAGCGGGACCAUCAAAGCCAUGCUUUCCGGCUCCUUCACGGAGAGUUCGGGCGAGAUAAAAUUUCCCGAGAUCUCGACGCCCAUCCUCGAGAAGGUCAUCCAGUACUUCUACUACAAGGCCUCCUACAAGAACUCGCAGGUGCGCAUCCCCGAGUUCGCGAUCGAGCCGGAGGUCGCGCUCGAGCUCUUGAUGGCGGCGAACUUCCUGGACUGCUAGGUUUGUUGGUCUGGGGUUCGAACUAAGCGCAUUUUGGUGUA